CGUUAUUGUAGCGAAGUUUCCUCUCCUCCAUGAUCUCAUAUUUAGUAAGAGAGAUGAUUGCUUUCUACAUUCCAUUUUCAUUCAACUUCGUCUCUCUCUCUGUGUCUCUCUCUCUCUCUCUCUCUCUCUCUCUCUCUCUCUCUCUCUCUCUCUCUCUGAUUCUCUCCCAUCUUUCUCCACAGGGGUCUCUGUUCUUCCAUUGUUUUCUGCUCCAUCAAAGGGUUUCCAGCCAAUUCCAUGUCUUCUCUCUUCCCCUAGAGAGAGAAUGACAAUCAAACCCAAAGAACGCAACAGAACAGAACAGAACAGUAAGAACUCGGGGGAGGUUUGAAGAUUAGAGAGAGAGAAGCCAAUUUAGGAUAGGAAAAUCCCUCAGAAACCAUCGACAAUGUUGCAGAGAGCUGCAAGCAAUGCUUAUUCAUGGUGGUGGGCAAGCCACAUCAGAACCAAGCAGUCAAAAUGGAUGGAGCAAAAUCUUAUAGAUAUGGAGGAAAAGGUCCAAUAUGCUUUGAAGCUGAUAGAAGAAGAUGGAGAUUCAUUUGCGAGGAGAGCUGAAAUGUAUUAUAAAAAGAGACCAGAGCUGAUAAACUUUGUGGAGGAAUCUUACAGAGCUUAUAGAGCAUUGGCUGAGCGCUACGAUCACAUUUCGACUGAGCUGCAGAACGCAAACAACACAAUCGCUUCGGUUUUUCCUGAGCAAGUUCAGUUUUCAAUGGAUGAGGAAGAUGAAGAAGCCAUGCCUAAGUUCCCUAAGAAGCAACCUGCUAUGUCCAGAGGAAACAUCCCACAAGUCCCCAAGGAUCCGGUUGAUUUGAAGACUGUCAUAACAACAGCGACCAAGAAGUUGAAGUCCAAAAAGAAUGUGAAACAGGGAACUGCAGCUUCGUCAGUUGCCAAAUCUGGUUUGAGCAAACAAGAGGCACUCAAUGAGAUUGACAAACUGCAGAAACAGAUUUUGACACUGCAAACUGAGAAGGAAUUCGUGAAGAGCUCUUAUGAAGGCUCGCUUGCAAGGUAUUGGGAGAUUGAGAAUCAGAUCAAAGAGAUGCAAGACAGAGUUUUCAACUUACAAGAUGAGUAUGGUGAAGGAAUGCUGAUUGAGGACAACGAGGCCCGUACUUUGAUGGCGAAUGCGGCUUUAAAGUCCUGCCAAGAAUCAUUGGCUCAGCUGCAGGAGAAACAGGAGAGAUCAGCUGAGGAAGCAAGAAUAGAGUCUACAAGAGUUGGAGAAGCGAGAGAGAGAUUGGAUUCUCUUAAAGGUGGGCUUCAAGGUGAAGAAUCGAGCCAGGAUAAGUCGCUUGCGAAGAACGAACCUGCACAGCAAAGAGAAGUACCUGACCAAUUGAAUAAAGAAGUUGACAGUGCAGCAGAAGAGAAAAAGAGAGCAGAGGAAUUACGCCAACAAAUCAAGAAGGAGUUGGAGGCCAGUACAUGUCUUACCAUCACAGAAAUGGCAGAGAAGAUUGAUGAGCUUGUAGACAAGGUGAUCAGCUUAGAAAUUGCGUUGUCUUCGCAGACCGCUCUCAUCAAGGAGUUAAGAUCAGAAACCGAUGAACUCCAAACACAGAUACAAAUCUUGGAAGAUGACAAGGCAUCAAUAAUUGAUGGAAAGAACAAUUUGCAACAAAAGCUAAAAGAAAUGGAGGAAAAACUGGGUGGGAUUCAGAAUCUGAACAAAAAGAUUGAGAAUGAGAAAAGCAAUUUCCAAUCUCAAAUUAUUGAGGUACAUUGUAAUCUAGAUCAUCUUUCUGUUAAAUUGCCUACCAUACAGCAAGAUGAGGAGCUUGAGCCAAAAUCUUCAAUAAGCACGGUGCAGCUCGAACAGCCAGAGGAACUCCCUGGUGUCAAGCAAGGUGUAAUUGGAGCACAUACAGAACUCAAACAGCCAGACGUACUUCAUGGUGUAACGCAAGGUACAAGUGGAGCACGUAUAGAGCUCAAACAACUAGAGGAAGUUCCUGGUUUAAACCAAGAUGCAAAUGGAGCACAUACAGAGCUCAACCGGCCCGACGAAAAGUUGAAAGCUCAUGAGGGUUCUGAUGAUCCAAACCAAAUGGGAUCAGAUGAAGCAUGUCAGCCAACGGAUUUGAGGCAAAACAAAGAACCAGACAUUGAAAUGAAAUCAUCAAAUAUGCAAACCUCUAAAGAAGAGGAAUCACAGAGUUUCAAAGGUAAAUCUGAGAAAGCUGAUGCAAGUGGUAAGCUCAUAAAUCAAGAGAACGAUGAUCCAACCCAGGUGGAUCCUCCAAAUUUAGAAAGCAGUUCUAAGAAACUUGAUGUUGAUGCCACUUCUAGAAGUCUAGUAGAAGUUGCUGAUACAAGGGAUAAACCACAGAGUUCAAAAGGUAGUAACGAGCAAUCCGAUGCAGAUGCUGCUUCCAAAAGUCGAGAGGUAAUUGUUCAAACCUUGUCACUAAGUACUGAAGGCAAGCCCGAUAACAAUGAUGCUUAUGGUUCUGCUAGAAAUCCUGAAAUGGUUGCUCAGACCGAGGCUAACUUACAGUAUUCGGAGUGUGGUUGUGAGGAAGCUGAUGUGAAUGUCACUUCUAGAGGUCAAGUAGAAAUUGUUCAAACCCAGGAUACUUCACAGAGUUCAGAAGGUAGUUGCGAGAAAUCUUAUCCAGAAAACACUACCAAGAGCCAGGACAGGACCGUUCUAGCCUUGUCAGUGUAUACUGAGGAUAAUCCCCAGAAAAAUGGCAGUGAUGGUUCUGCUGGAAAUCCAGUAGAAGUGGUUCAAACCAAGGCUAAGUAUUCAGAAGGUGAUGGAAAUGGUACUCUGACAAGUCAAGUUGAAGAAAUCCACAAACAGGAAAAUCUAGGACACCCUUCAGAGAAAACAGAGGAUGCGAUGAAAGAGCAAAACAAAGAAGAGAAGACUUUUUCAGAGGCAGUUCGAGCAGAACAAGAAGAGAAAGUAGUGGAUAAAGUAGAUGAGCCAAAUUGGCAGCAGUUGUUCAUGAGUGGAAUAGAAGGCAAAGAAAAAGCCCUCUUAACAGAGUACACUACAACUCUUCGAAAUUUCAAGGAUGCCAAGAAGAAGCUCAGUGAAAUGGAUGAAAAACAUCGUGAUCACCAUCUUCAAACAUCAAAGCAGCUACAUGAGUUAAAAACUUCAAAUGCAUUGAAGGAUCAAGAAAUCAGAUCCUUGCACCAUAAAUUGAAUCUUCUGCAGAAAUGUUUCUAUGAAAGCAAGGAAUCAAUGGAUCUAAGCACACAAUCGUUAGAUUUUAGUGCUUCAGACAACCAGAAAACCUCAAGCACAUCGGAUGAUCAAAAUGUCAAACCCAUGAUAACAGGGGACGACCCAGCUCGGUCCAAAGUACUGACACGUGAAAUCUCCCAUGAAUCAGGAUUAGACUUCAGCAAACUUCUAGUUCAAGAACCAGCCACUACAUCAGAGAUUGAAGAAAGACUCCGGAUGAAGAUUGACGAACUUUUGGAAGAGAACUUAGAUUUCUGGUUGAACUUCAGCACUUCUUUCCAUCAAAUACAGAAAUUUGAAACUAGGAUACAGGAUCUAAAAUUGGAAGUUGCAAAACUUCAUGAAAAAGGAAAGAAGAUGGAUGAGAGUGGCAUUGGAAAGUACUCCUUGAAAUCAGAAGCACGGCCAUUGUACAAACACCUGAGGGAGAUACAGACUGAACUUACCGUCUGGUCAGAUAAAAGUGCAGCAUUGAAGGAGGAGCUGCAGACAAGAUUUUCAUCAUUGUGCAACAUCCAAGAAGAAAUAACAGCUGGAUUGAAGGCGAGUGCCGAGGAAGACGAUUUCACAUUCACAAGCUAUCAAGCUGCAAAGUUUCAAGGGGAGGUUUUGAAUAUGAAACAGGAGAAUAAUAAAGUUGCUGAUGAAUUGCAAGCAGCUUUAGAUCACAUAGCAACUCUUCAACAUAAGGUAGAGACCAACCUGUCAAAGUUGAACGAGGAGUUCAAACUUUCUGGGUCAAAGGGACAGGAAACUCCACAGCUGAGACACUCAGAGAGCCGAAACAGAAUUCCUCUACGGUCAUUCAUAUUCGGCGUCAAACAGAAGAAGCAAAAGCAAUCAAUCUUCUCUGGGAUGGCACCUGUAAUGCAAAAGAAGUAUCAUGCUUUGAGAACAGGAACUCCUCUGUAAAUUAUGUAUGAACCUACCUUAAUUUCUUUGUGAUGGAAUCUUGGAGUGCUGUUUAGUCCUACUUUUCAGAUUUUUUUGGUCUGUAUUAUUUGGCAGAAGUGAGAUUUUCGUAGACAUUUGUGAGCUAUUUUGGAAAAAACAUAUGCCUUUAAUUCUGUGCUACAUAUCAGUUGUGAAUGAUGGGGGAAGUUUUAUUAUUUCAA